CACCCAGUUUUGGGGUCUCUAUCAUGCGCAUAGAGUCGCAGCUGCUUACUGCAGUCUGCAGUACAGUCAUCUACGCCUUCUGUAACAGAUCAGACCCCCCCACGGUCGUCGUCGUCUAUCUCUUUUUCUCCUGCAUUUCCACUGUUCUAUCUCCGAUCCAAANCCUUGUUAAAAAGAAAAAUAUUAGGAAUACCCAAAUGUACAUGUUCAACCACUCAAGGCGCACCCAGUUUUUGGGUCUCUAUCAUGCGCAUAGAGUCGCAGCUGCUUACUGCACUCUGCAGUAGAGUCAUUUACGCCUUCUGUCGUCGUCUAUCUCCCUGCAUUUUCACUGUUCUCUCUCGGAUCCAAACCCCCCCCACCAGUUGCUUGAUUAAGUAUGAUCACAAGAUCAAGUUGUGGGUAGUACCAUAUCCAUCCUCUGUCCUGACACUAGAUCUCGUUUUUCUUCUUUUCAAAGAUUGGACACUAACUUCCGUGCAGAUACAUGGUUUGGGGUGUAAUCCGGCGGCGCGUGCUUGUCCUGGCGGUGUUUCUGACUUGCGCCGCCUUGCCGCGUCCGGCGGCGCCGCAUCCGAACGACGAGCAGUGCUUGACCCAUCUGAGUAGGACGUUGCAGGAUCCGAUGAAGAAUUUGCAGAAUUGGACCGGAGAGACGUUCGCCAACCCUUGCCAGGACUUCACGUCGUACCUGCAAGGCGCCACCUGCGACAAUGGCCGCAUCUACAAGCUCUCGCUCCCCAAUCUCGAUCUGAAAGGCUCCAUUUCGCCCUACCUCUCCAAUUGCACGAAUCUCCAGGCUUUGGAUCUCUCCUCCAACUCCCUCACCGGCUCAAUUCCGCCGGAGAUCCACUCCCUGGUGAACCUCGCCGUCAUCAACCUCUCCUCCAACAGCCUCUCCGGCCCGAUCCCGCAGCAGCUCGCCCUCUGCGCGUACCUCAACAUCGUCGAUCUCCACGACAACGACAUCUCCGGCGCCAUUCCUCCGGAAUUCGGCUUUCUAGCGCGGCUCUCCGCCUUUGACGUCGCGAACAACAGAUUAUCCGGGGAGAUCCCGGCGUCGCUGGCUUACCGGAGCGGGAAAUUGCACAGAAUCAAUGCGAGCUCGUAUGAGGGGAACAAGGAGCUCUACGGGUACCCGUUACCGCCCAGGAAGAGAAAUGGGCUAUCCGUUUUAAGUAUCGUGGGUAUCGGGUUGGGUAGUGGGCUCUUGAGCUUGUUGGUUAGCUUUACCGCUGUUUGUAUGUGGCUGAGAGCUAGCGAAAGUAGAACGGUUUCCGAUGAUGGAAAAAUUGAUGAUUAAUUAAUUGAAUUGUUUCUCAUAUUUUGCAUAAUUGCAUCUACUUCUUUUUCUUGUAAAUUUAAAAUUUUGGUUUUCAACUUUCUUGGUAGUUGAAUUUCGAUUCCUCAUUUGAAGGCUAGUCCUCUUCUACGCUAAAAUAUUGGUGGACAAGAAAAUCAAAGACAUUAGUAUUG